UAUCACGCAGGCUUCGCAGCGAAAACAUUGGAAAAUCCGAUUAGCAAAUUCCCUUCAGCUGCGCUUCAGUGUUGAUCAUCGUCUCGUUGGAAGAACACGGUUUAGAUUGAGGAUGAAGCUUCAAAUUCUGUUUGCUUUCCUUGUGCUUGUUCUCUCAGUGUCUGGUAAACAAUGGAAAUUGAAAAACCGAAAAGCGUGUCGUUGGUCGAAUAGGCAAAUUGAAAUCCUUGUACCACAAGGACUGCGAGUUCUGCAGCCAUCCUCGAAAUCAAUUGCGAUGGCAUACGGAAUUGAAGCGUACAUCAAUCGUGUGCCAGAGCGAAGCGGAAUCUGUGAUAUUUGUGUUAAUUCAACGGCUGCGGAACCGAUUUUUUAUCCGUCGGCCGUAAUACGUGCAGGAGAUCGCUUCCAAUACACGCUUUCAUAUUACUAUCGUAGUGGAUCGAUCCGACAAUACCAGUGCUCGUUUCAUGUGGCAGAGCAUCGUAUCAAAUACGAUCCAUCAAUAAAGACGACAUCCACUUGUUCUGGAGCGAUUCUUUCCAACUCAGCGGAACAGCAGCCGGUAGCGAGCGAUAAGGUGCUUCUUGAGGAAUUAAUAAACGAUGCUAGCCAUCACUGUAAUGGCGUUUCCCGUAUGAUCGUGAUGACUGGACCAAGCAAACCGAUGAACAGGAGUCAGAUGGAACAGUUUGCUGCGAGCAAACUGGAAGCGGCGUACCCGGGGAUGGAUUGGACCGAUGAAAUCCAGCAGGUUUAUCGCUCUGAAAACUCAUUGGUCAUUGAGCUGAAAUCGAUGGUUGCAAAGAGGAAACUGCUGCGCUUAAUCAGAGAUAGUGAAGUGGUCCAUAACAUUUUAGAUUUCGAUCUAGACGCAGACGAAGAAGCCUCUGGCGAUGGCUUUUCAGAGGAGCAGACAUAUCGAAUUUAUUGAACAAUCGAAAAGAAGAGGAGUUUCUGAAACAAACUCAAAUUUAAUAAAGAACAGUUGAUGUCCAGCGCGUUCUUUUCUGUAAAUGGA